AUGUGGCGCGACGCGCGUAACGUGCGUAUCACGUACAAGCUUCUCCCGGGGACUGCUGAUGGACGGCCGCGCCUUGACGACUUGGUCGAGUAUGAGCCGACAUCCAAGGACGGAUUGCGAAAGACUGUCGAAGGAAUCGACACACAGGCGACAAGCACCGGAUGGGAUUGGCGCGGUAAGGGUUGGCUGCUCUUUGUUAGCAGUCACUGGGAAAUUCUCGGCUGGGGAGAGGCCACGACAGCAGACGGCGUGAAGGAGAAGUGGGCGGUUACAUGGUUCGCUCCAACCGUAUUUACGAAAGAAGGAUUGGAUAUCUACUGUGAUCGAAAGGAAGGGUUGAGCGAGGAGACGUAUGCGGCGAUCAGAGAGGCUUUGAAGGGACUUGAGGCGAAGAAGGUGGUUGAGAUGGUCGAGAAGCAUAUGCAGCCUGUUGAGAUUCGGUUGCCGUGGUUGGAGGAGUGA